GAUGGGCAGCGAGGGGGCCAGGAGAGGCAGAGUGAGUGGGGGUGUCCAGGACGGAGGAGACAGGGGCGGGGCCGGGGGCCAGGGUACUUGGAGGAAAGGGGCCGUGGGCAGUGGAGGGAGUCGAAAUGGAUGCGUGGGACAGAACAGAAGGAGCCAGGUGGCGGAGCCGUGGCAGGAAUGACUUUCGCAGCAGCUGUAGACUCCGUGGGCGUGGCUAAGGGGAGGAGCGAGGGGAGGGCUGGGGAGAAGCCGACUGGGUGAUGGCGGGGGCGGGGCUUGCCUAGAAAUACGAGGCUGCCUUGAGAGGCUGUGAGGAGGGGAAUUGAGCGAAUGGGUGGGACUAGGGAGGGAGGAGCCCCGAGGCUUUGGUAGGAGGGAGUAUGGCCUUGGCGAAGGAGCCCGGGGAGGGGCCAGAAUCUGAAGCCCAGUAGUUUCGGAGAACUAAGGGAAGAGAACCGGCAACGGGGCUGAGUGAGGCUGAGGAGAAGCUGAAUACAUAGGCAGGGCUGAGUGACACGGUCGUUGGGUGGGACCAAAAAUGCAGGCUGCUAAAUGGGAGGAACUGGGGGGCAGGACAGAUUAGGUGGCGGCGGGGUCUCUGCUGGGCGAGCUGACAGAUGAAUCCCUUGUGUUCAUCUCUGUUAUAUUCCACAGAGGGCUUCAGAGGCUGGGAGGUGGAGCACGGCGGAAAUGGCUGGGCGGUGGAAAAGAACCUAACACUGGUGCCCGGCGCUCCUUCCCAGACCUGCUUCGUGACUUCUUUCGAAUGGUGCUUCAAGAGGCAGCUUGUGGACUUGGUGAUGGAGGGGAUGUGGCAGGAACUGCUGGACAGCGCCCAGAUCGAGAUCUGUGUGGCCGACUGGUGGGGCGCCCGGGAGAACUGUGGCUGCAUCUACCGACUCCGGGUCCGCCUCCUGGAUGUGUACGAAAACGAAGUGGUCAAGUUUUCGGCCUCGCCCAACCCAGUCCUUCAGUGGACUGAGAGAGGCUGCCGCCAGGUCUCCCACGUCUUCACCAACUUCGGCAAGGGAAUCCGCUAUGUGUCUUUUGAGCAGUAUGGGAGAGACACGCGAUCCUGGGUGGGACACUACGGCGCCCUCGUGACCCACUCCAGCGUGAAGGUCAGGAUCCGCCUGUCCUAGCUAACCAGCCUGAUCUGGCCUCUGGGGACAUGCUGCCACCUGCCAGUCACUGAUGUCAAUCAAGUGCAGCUUUGCAGCCAGGAUCCAGAGGAUGCCAGGGGACAGUGGCGGUCCCACGUGGACUGUUGCUGGCACACCUCCAGGGAAGCCCACUCUCUGCUGCUUCAGCAUAGUGACCCACAUGCUGUUCAGGAAACCAAGGAUCAAACCCAGCUGGCCACUGCUUCCCCAGCUUCCAGGGGUGGGGCUGCAGGGGGCAUCAAAGAAUAGAGACCUGUACUUUACCUGCACGUUUUUUCUCAUGUGUGGAUAUCAGUUGAUAGACUGAGUCAAAAACAAAGGCCAGACCAGGAUUUCUAAUAGAGGGGGAAAGCUGC